AUGAGCCUCUCAUACGGUUGCGACAGUUAUGGGCCUGGUUUGUGCAAAUUCCUCUGCGUUGCGUUGAUCAAAGCACUUGUCUAUUCCCUGCUCCUUAUCAUCUGCUCCUAUUCGUUUGACUUAUCAAUCGCCACACGUUCCUACUAUGGCGUAUGGGACCAAAUCAACCCAGAUGCACCACCACGGCCUAAUCCAAUGAGCGAAGCACCCGCGAUCCCCGAUCUCGAUACAGCUGACUCAGAGGCUCUCCGCCUCUAUCAGAUCAAGGCAUCGAUAUACACGCAGCUCUCCUCAAGGCUCCAGGUGCUGUGGAACUGGGUGUAUACAACAGUGGACUCCCAACUGCUUGAGCUGGCAACUCUGCAGGCAAGCGAUUACGAUGAUGACUGGAAGGAGCAGUCACCAGCAUACUGGCUGCUCGAAUGGACGCGGGCUCAUGCCAACGCGAAGCUCGUUAAUCUUGAAGACAUUAAGGGCGCGCUCCCUAUUAAGGACUUCCUCCGCUCAGCUGCUAAAUACGACCAUGAGUGGGCUCAACGUGAGCUAGACUCUCUAGCUCGACCAGGCGCCACCACUAAUGCUCUCACGCUUGAGCAGUACGCCGCUUGGUUCUCCCAGCUUGUACAGAACAAGGAGAAAGGCCUAGGACACUUAUGGAAGCUAAUACAUUGCGGACGCCUUGAGUACACAAUUAAAGGACGUACAGAUAGGGAGCUCCGCAACCCGCCAACAGAUAAGGAAAUUGCUCAGAUUAAAGAGCGACUAGAGAGCGCGCAAUAUAGCAGUUUGCGAGAUGCUCUAGCGAAGAAGGGAUGGAUCUCGAAGCAUUACGGCAUGAGCUCAGUGAGGACGUCGUGGAUUAGGAUGGCAUCCCUAACAGCGCGGCGCGCCCAGACUUUAUGGAUCAGGUCUGGCCGGACUGGCAGCAUGCUCGAUGAAGCGUCACUCGUUUUUUCCCAUGUACUGACCGCGUUGUCUUAUGAUGGUUACCCUGCUUUCUUUUCUCUUCUGGCUGCUCUGUCUAAGAUCUUUUGGCUGCUCUGUCUACGCAUUGUGCUGCUCUGCUCUCUUUCAGCUCCCCUCGUUACUCUCGGCGAGCUGGGGGGUGUGUCGCGUAAGAGAGCACAUGGUCCUGGUGUCGCGCCUGUGUUUCGGACGAGCAGCCUGAGACACUUGGCGCCGGAGCUCCCACUACAUAGGCAGGCUCCCUAUGAGCCUCUCAUAGUCAAUAGACUUGCUCCUCAUUGCUCCCUGAUCAGCGCCUCUCAUAGUCAAUAG